AUGACUACAUUAACACCUGAAGAAAUACGUGAAUAUGGAUUCUCCGAUCCAUCUACGUGGCAUCAUAAGACACAUGAUUCCAAAGGCUUGUGUACCUUGAUAAAGGCGUAUCAAGCAGGCUUACCUAGUGAACGACAUUUCACGUGGAUGCUUGCCAACUGCGAUGCACCAUUAUCCACUGAGGCUAUGGAUAAUGCUGCAAGUCAUGGAAAAUUAUGCAAUGUCAAGCAUCUCCACAAUACUCGCUUUGAAGGGUGUACUUCUGCAGCAAUGGAUCGUGCUGCAACAAAUGGACAUCUCGGCGUUGUCCAAUGGCUUCAUCUUAACCGCAGUGAGGGGUGUACGGUAGCAGCAAUGGAUGGUGCCGCAACGAAUGGUUUUCUUAGUGUUGUAAUGUGGCUGCAUGAAAAUCGUACUGAAGGAUGCACCGUUACUGCCAUGGAUCGUGCUGCAGCUAAUGGCAAACUUCAUAUGGUAAAGUGGUUGCACGAUAAACGUUCCGAAGGCUGCUCAACCGCUGCAAUGGAUGGUGCGGUACGUAAUGGCCAUGUGAAUGUAGCCCGAUGGUUACAUGAAAAUCGGGCUGAGGGCUGCUCGACAGCUGCAAUCGAUACCGCAGCAGGACAAGGAUAUCUCGCUGCCAUUCAUUGGCUGCAUAGUAUUCACAUGAAAUGCACAUCUGCUGCGAUGACGAGUGCGGCAGCAAAAGGUUUCUUGGAUGUGGUAAAGUAUUUGCACACGAACCUCAAUCAAGCUGCCACAAACGCUUCAAUCAUUGCCGCUGCGGAGCACGGUCAUGAAUCUGUUGUCGAGUAUCUCCAUGAGAACCGAUCGGAAAAAUGUGAAGCUGAAGCCGUUUUGCGGGCCAAGAAGAACGGCCACAACAAGAUUGUUAACCUGUUGCUGCAGCAUGAUGGAUGUCAACUUGCAUACAAUAUGGAGCGCUGCAGAAUCAUCGCUGAAAAAGAAGCUGCUAUAGCUCAAACACUCCACGCUGUUUCGGAGCGAGUAGUUUCACUGCUUCUCGUCUUACUGCGAGUGUUGACCGGGGUUCUGUUUUUCUCUCGUCACGAUCAUAGCGAAUCUAGUGAAGCUCUGCGGUGUGCUUUUACUAGCAGUCAGGCUCGUAAGGUAACGGAAGCACGAAUUCGCGCUGAACAAGAUGCCAAGGUCCGCUCCGAGGAAGAGUCAAGAAUUCGUGAAGCGGAAUCGAGAGUUGUGCUGGAAAAGACGACAAGUUUCGAGCUGAAAAGGAUGCGGCCAACAUAA